GUCUGUCUAGUCUACAAAACGGGAAGUUAGAAACCCCGAGUGCGUGAGCACUCCGUCGCUAAAAUCUCUGGCGGAAAUGGCGUCGCCUUCGCCUUCGCCUUCGCCUUCGCCUUCGCCUUCCUCCGAAGAACCACAGCAGCGGCAGGAACAGCAAGUGAAGGAGUGCGUGCACAAGACCAAGUUCAUUCAAUUCUUGGGACGCACCACCCCUAUUGUCCUCCAAAACGACAAUGGCCCCUGCCCUCUUCUUGCCAUUUGUAAUGUUCUUUUGCUAAGGAAUAACUUGAAUUUGAGUCCGGACACUGUGGAAGUAUCACAGGAAAAAUUGCUUUCAUUAGUUGCGGAAAGAUUAAUUGAUUCCAACAGUAAUUUCAAUAAUAAGGAUGCAGGCUAUGUUGAAAAUCAACAACAGAACAUUGCUGAUGCAAUCGAUCUGCUUCCUCGACUUGCAACUGGCAUUGAUGUGAACAUAAAAUUUAGGAGAAUAGAUGAUUUUGAGUUUACUCCGGAGUGUGCCAUUUUUGAUCUACUGGAUAUUCCACUAUAUCAUGGCUGGAUAGUUGAUCCACAGGAUAGUGAUACUGCUAUUGCUAUUGGGUCAAAGUCCUACAAUGCGCUCACAGGAGAGCUUGUAGCCCUUGAAACGCACAAUAUGGAGGCAAUAUCUAAGAUCAACCUUGAAGAAGAUUGCGUUGAUUUUGCUGCUGCAACAACUGCAACUUUAGGAGUUCCUUCUCCAUGCCUUUCAAAAGCUACAUCUUUUGAUGAUUCUCCAUGUCCGGUCACUGAUCACCAGAAAGCGAGAAAAGGAGACCUUGAAGAAGAAGCAGAGAUUUUGAGAGCAUUGAAGCAGACUGAGGCUGAAAUGCCAACUUCAGUGGGUGAUAGUCUUCUAGACAAUAUUAAUGGAGGGACUCAAACUGUCAGGUCAUAUGAAAGUGUGCACCUCAAGGAUGUUAUGCCUGUAGAUGAAUUGGAGAAGUGUGUUGGUGUUGAAGACAACAAUUUCCCUAAACUGGAACCGUCUGCAUUUGAUGACUGCAAUGCCAGAAGCAAUGGCAAUGAUCUUAUUUCUGUACAAAAUAAUACAAGGCAAGCAGCUACUUCAUCCUUAAAGACUGAUGUGGGAGUCCGCCUUGAUCGGUCAGCUUUUGUGGAAUCUGAAGAAAGUACCCUCCACAUUGAUGUGUUCGAGAAUAAUGGUGUUGACACGAUGCUCCAAAGUGGAACUGCUUCCCUUUCUCCUGGAAGAGAAACUGCAUCUUUCAAUGAGAGUGAUAUGGGUAUAUCUAGAGGGCGUGAAGUUAGGAAGCAAUCCACUUUUACAACCAAUGUUCAUGCCUCUGCAGAUAAACUAGGUGGUGGUUGCACAGAAGAAUUAUCACUCCUAUCUUCACCAAGUGCCAAUUCAGGUUUACCUAUUGGCAGAAUUCAGCACAUUGAUGCUGCCCAAGUUUUGAAUUCAAGUGUUGAUGGCAGUGAGCCCAUAUAUGAAGGAGAGGAAUGUAUAUUGGAAUCAAGAAAUGCAGUUCUUGAGGACCGGGAGCCUGUGUAUGAAGGUGAGAUGGUUCUUGCGAAACAAGCUGACAAAAGCACUAUAGAUGACUGCAGUCCGAGGUCCAAAGAUGAAAUCACUCCACAACAAGGUGAGCUUAUCAGGAGUUUUUUGAAAAACAAUGCUAGUCAGUUGACCAUUCAUGGCCUUUUCUGCUUACGCGAUGGUCUUAAAGAACGUGAACUUUGUGUUUUUUUCCGUAAUAAUCACUUCAGUGCCAUGUUUAAGCUUGAUGGUGAACUUUAUCUUCUAGCUACGGACCAAGGUUACAUAAAUCAGCCUGAUUUGGUGUGGGAAAAACUAAACGAGGUCAAUGGGGAUACCUUGUUCAUGACGGGUAAUUUUAAGGAAUUUAACGUAGAAAGUCGUUCAAAUGACACUUGGGAUGAACAUAAUGCUAUGACUAGCACUGCUGACUUUCUUGCCACCAUCAAUAGCUCUGCACAAGCGGAUUUGGAUGUUAAUUCUGAUCUGCAGUUGGCAAUUGCUCUGCAACAACAAGAGUUUGAGCAACAACCACAACGACAAAAUGUGCAGCAACCAUCCGUUAGUGUUGGAAGUUCAAGGUUGAUCACCGGUCCCCAGGUGGCAAGAAACAAUGGCCGGAAUCCUUACUCGUCUUCGCCCAAGCCUGAAGCAAAAUCAAAAGAUAAGUGUACGGUGAUGUGAAAUUUGCAGUUUGCUGUAAAUGGUUUGUGGGCCCCUUUGUAUUCAAUGGUAUUACUCAAUCUUAUUUACCGUACACAUGGUUCUAGACAAAGUUUUGUGCUGUAAAUAGUGAAUGGCCCACCAAUCUUAACCCCCUUUUUUUGUCCUUUUUCCCUUUUUGUUUUUUGUUAAUCCUGAAAUAAUAGGCUCCUCUCUCGACCACCUCGAAGAAGAUUGAAGAUAAUGGUAGGUAGGUCCUUUUUGUGAUAGCCUUGGUUGUUGGAGAUAUUUGUGUUGGGUGGAAUGGUAAUGGUAUGGAGGAGGACCACUUUAGGCCACGUUCAACCCCACAAGUUUGUCUGUAUAAAACCUUUUGUAUAAUUGGUGUUUCCAUUCAAAUAUAAUGUUUAUACUGUA